UCGGUUAGCUCAAUUAUGGCCUGCCCUUCCUUUUACCAUGGGAUAAAGGCAUAUAUAUUAUCAGGAUACGCGAUCAAUGGUUUUACUGAAAAAAUGAGGUUUACAUAGCUAGCAUUAUUAGAGUCCUUGGUCUUUCUUCGAAAGCGGCUGCCGAUGGGCUGUCGGGUGAAUAGUCCGCUGUCUGUUGGUGAGGAUAUGACGCGUGCGGGGAUCCAAGGUCGACAGCUGGACUGCGGGGUUUCAACUGCCAUGGCAGUCACGACCACCACUUACUCAAACACCUUCUGGUCUCUCCAGCCUGUGAAUAACCCAACAGCAGUGAGCAUUGCUUCCUUCAGCACCGAAGUCAAGUUCACUCAGUCUACGUCUUCUCUACAUCCCAAUGGCCUCACAAAACCCCACUCCAUACCCCUUCCAAUUCGACACAUCCAACCACAUCGAAACACCCAACGGAAACUCCGAAGACACCACAAUAAUUCUCAAAAAUGUCCGUGGACGCAUCCCCUCGACACAAGCCUCACGUUUACGCACAAUGUGGCUGGAAGCCUAUCGAGACCCUACCAAGAUCAUAGCGCACCCUUGCGGCUACGACGCCCUUUCAUCGCGACUGAUUGAGGAAGCCGGCUUCCCUAUGAUCUUCAUAUCCGGAUUUGCUGUGGCGGCUUCUCAUGGACUCCCUGAUACGGGCUAUAUUGCAAUGGGAGAGAUGUCCAGCAGGAUCCAGGAAAUUGUCCGUGUGACAAGUAUACCUAUCAUGGUGGAUGGAGACACGGGGUACGGGAGCGCGAUGAACGUGCGACGGACCGUGGAGUGCUUUGCUGCUACAGGAGCAGCGGGAGUGAUGAUUGAGGACCAGACAUGGCCGAAGAGGUGCGGUCAUACAAAAGGCAAGUCGGUUGUGUCAAGAGGUGAGGCCUACGCUAGGAUCCAAGCUGCGGUGGAUGCGCGUAACCAAGGACAGGACAUUUUUAUCCUGGCAAGAACGGACUCCUUAAUUCAUGGGUGGGACGAGGCUAUGACUCGGGCGAAAGAGUUUAAGCGGAUUGGAGCAGAUGGCGUGUUUGUCGAAGCAUUACCUGAUAAAGAAGCUAUGAGGAACUGUGUGAAGGAGCUGGAUAUUCCAAUGCUGGCUAAUAUAAUCGAGGGUGGAAAGUCGGAGAACUUGUCGGCCAAGGAACUGGGUGAGUUGGGAUUUGCAGCAGUGGCAUAUCCAUGGACUCUGGUUGCUGCAAGGCUUAAGAGCAUCCGUGAGGCUCUGGAUGGAUUGAAGCGCAGUUUUAUGACUGGAGCUCCUCCUAUGAUACUAGGGUAUUCGGAAGUGUGUGAAGGUGUUGGGUUCAAUAAGUAUUGGGAUAUGGAGCCAAGGUAUGAAUAUGACAAUGAAGGGCUUGUGAACCCGACGAACGAAAAUGAAUCAUGACACGACCCGCUUGAUGACUU